UUCGCGGGGCGUGGAGCGCGGCAGGGCUGCCAUGGAGCGGCUGCGGGACGUGCGGGCGCGGCUGCAGGCUUGGGAGCGCGCGUUCCGGCGGCGGCGCGGCCGGCGGCCGGGCCAGGAGGACGUGGAGGCGGCGCCCGAGGAGACCCGCGCGCUCUACCGGGAGUACCGCGCCCUGAAAGAGGCCCUGGGCCAGGCCAGUGGUGUCAGACCCGAGCAGUCGCUUCCCGCGGUGGCCGAGAAGGCGUUAGAGCCCAGCUGCUGGGGGUCCCACCUGAACCGGGCUGCGACCCAAAGCCCCCAUCCGACUCCAGGGCCAAGCCCUCAGGCUUCUGUUCAGGACUAUGGGAAGAGGCUUAAGGCCAACCUAAAGGGCGCCCUGCAGGCUGGGCCAGCCCUGGGCCACACACCCCGGCCUCCACGAAGACCCUCAUCCAAGAUGCUCUCCUCAGGACUGCCUGCUGCGGGGGCUGCCCUCAUCUCUCCAGAGGAAGUCAGUGAGGUACCCCCACAGGCUCUCAAGCCCCAGCUGAGGCCAGGCCGGCUCCAGCAGCUACGGGCCUCCCUGAGCCUGCGGCUGAACUCCCUAGACCCUGGCUGGCUGCAGAGGUGUCACAAUGAGGCCCCAGACUUUCAGGGGGCUCCUGAGGCCUGCCACCCUGGCCUGGAUACAGACUUGUCACAGCCUCUGACUUUAAGUGUCCCAUCCGUUGGUCCCAGCACUGGCCCUGAGGCACCUUUACCAGCCCCAGAGGCUCCAACCCUACAGGCAGUCAGAGUCAGUGCAGGGAGCCCCCAGCCUAGCAACACUCGAGGCAAGAAGCGGAGGCGGAGUGAGGAGCCAGGGGGAAGCCCUUCACAGGCCCAGCAGGACAGCAGCCAACCAGAACUCCCACCAGAAGGAGCUGGGGCUACAGCACAUGCAGAAGGCUGUCUAGGGGAGCCCGUGGAGGCACAGCUGCCCAGCAUCCCAGCGGCCCCCAGGCCAGCCAUCCAGGACAGGGGUAAUUAUGUGCGGCUCAACCUGAAGCAGAAGCGCUAUGCACGGGGCCCAGCCCUGCGUGGCAGGCUCCUCCGUAAGCAGGUGUGGAAGCAGAAGUGGCAGAAGAAAGGAGAGCGUUUUGGGGGUGGUAAACUCAGAGCCACAGUCAAGGAUUCUUGCUUCUGGUGUGGGCAGCUUGGCCACUGGGCAUCCCAGUGCACCCACCCAGAACCCACCCUGGCUUCCCAGAAGGAAGGUGGUGAGGACGAGGGGGACACACAGACCCUCCCCACAUUGGAGGAAGUAGCCCAGCAGCCCGGCACUGCCUACUGCCAACUCCCUGCAGGUAAGGAAGAUACAGAGCCUGCUGGGCCUGAGCUGCUGGCACCCACGCAGCAGCCUGUGCCCAGGGCCCCUUCCCCACCCCCCACCAUGCCACCACUCUAUCCGCGGGAGCCCUCUGGGCAGGUGGCAGAGAUGCCGGCUGAGGUGUUCCAGGCCCUAGAGCAGCUGGGGUACCAAGCCUUCCGUCCCGGGCAGGAGCAGGCAGUCAUGCGGAUCCUGUCUGGCAUGUCUACACUGCUGGUGCUGCCCACAGGCGCCGGCAAGUCCCUGUGCUACCAGCUCCCUGCACUGCUCUAUGCCCGGCGAAGCCCCUGCCUCACGCUGGUCAUCUCUCCCCUCCUGUCACUCAUGGAUGACCAGGUGUCUGGCUUGCCCCCAGGCCUGAAGGCGACCUGCAUUCACUCAGGCAUGACCAGGAAGCAGCGGGACACUGCCCUGCGGAAGGUCCGGGCAGCCCAGGUACAUGUGCUGAUGUUGUCGCCUGAGGCGCUGGCUGGAGCUGGGGAAGGGGGCCCUGCCUGCCUCACUCAGCUGCCCCCGGUUGCCUUUGCCUGCAUCGACGAGGCCCACUGCCUCUCUCAGUGGUCCCACAACUUCCGACCCUGUUACCUGCGAGUCUGCAAGGUGCUGCGGGAACGCAUGGGCGUGCACUGUUUCCUGGGUCUCACGGCCACAGCCACCCGCAGCACUGCCCGCGAUGUGGCUUGGCACCUGGGCGUGGCUGAGGAGGCUGUCCUCAGGGGACCAGUCACCAUCCCUGCCAACCUGCACCUCUCUGUAUCCAUGGACAGGGACCCAGACCAGGCUUUAGUGACACUGCUGCAGAGUGAGCGUUUUCGUGCCCUGGACUCUGUCAUCGUCUACUGUAACAGGCGAGAGGACACCGAGCGUGUUGCUGCGCUGCUCCGCACCUGCCUGCGUGAGGCCUGGGCCCCAGGGCCCGGAGGCCGAGCCCCAGAGGCCGUGGCUGAAGCCUACCACGCUGGCAUGUGCAGCCGGGAGCGGCGGCGCGUGCAGCGGGCCUUCAUGGAGGGCCAGCUGCGGGUGGUGGUGGCCACGGUGGCCUUUGGGAUGGGGCUGGACCGGCCAGAUGUGCGGGCCGUGCUGCAUCUAGGGCUGCCCCCAAGCUUCGAGAGCUACGUGCAGGCUGUGGGCCGGGCGGGCCGCGACGGGCAGCCUGCACACUGCCACCUCUUUCUGCAGGCCCAGGGUGAGGACCUGCGGGAGCUGCGCAGACACGUGCAUGCCAAGACCACUGAUUUCUGUGCCGUGAAGAAGCUGGUGCAGCGUGCAUUCCCACCCUGCACCUGCUCCCACACCCAGCGGUCCCCGGAAGAGGAGGGAGACCACAGCCAGGAAAGGGGCUUGGCCAGGGCCCCUGUGACCAUGUGCCCACGGGAGGCUGAGCAACCCAGCAGUGAGCACACAGCCCGGUGCCCAGGCCACAAGCGGGCACUCCCAAUGCAGCCAACAGUGCAGGCCCUGGACAUGCCAGAGGAGGCCAUCGAGACGCUGCUGUGCUACCUGGAGCUGCACCCGCAGCACUGGCUAGAGUUGCUGGCACCUACCUACGCCCAUUGCCACCUGCGCUGCCCUGGGGGCCCCACCCAGCUCCAAGCCUUGACCCACAGGUGUCCCCCGCUGGCUGUGUGCUUGGCCCAGCAGCCCCCUGAGAACACAGGUCGGGGAAGCAGCUCUGUGGAGUUUGAUGUGGUCCAGCUGGCAGACUCAAUGGGCUGGGAGCUGGUCCCUGUGCGACGGGCUCUCCACCAGCUGCAGUGGGACCCAGAGCCUAAGACAGGUGUGCCUUGCCCCCAGCCCUGCUUGCCACCUGUCUGCCCACAGGCCAGUCUGACACACUCUCUGGCAGGUGCACCUCGGGGCACGGGGGUGCUGGUGGAGUUCAGGGAGCUGGCCUUCCACCUGCACAGCCCCGGGGAUCUGACAGCCCAGGAGAAGGACCAGAUCUGUGACUUCCUCUAUAGCCGCAUGCAGGACCGAGAGCGGGAGGCCCUGGCCUGUCUGCACCGCACAUUCCGAGCCUUUCACAGUGUAGCCUUCCCCAGCUGUGGGCCGUGCCUGGAGCAGCCAGAUGAGGAGCGCAGUGCCAGGCUCAAGGCCCUGCUCAGCCACUACUUUGAGGAAGAGGGAGGAGAAGGGCCACGAGGCACGGAGGCCGAGCAGGGGCCAGAGCUGGGGCUGGCCAGGCUCCAGGACUGGGAGGACCAGACCCGCCGGGAUAUCCGCCACCUCCUCUCCUCGUGGCCAGAGCAGCAGUUCUCAGGCAGGGCUGUGGCCCGCAUCUUCCACGGCAUCGGAAGCCCUUGCUAUCCUGCCCAGGUGUACGGGCGGGACCGGCGCUUCUGGAGAAAGUACCUGCACCUGAGCUUCCAUGCCUUGGCGCACCUGGCCACAAAGGAGAUCCUGCUGUGGGGCCGCUGACUGCCCUGCAGAGGAAGGGCCCUGGUCCCCCCACAUCAUAGAUGCAGGCAUGAGCUGAACUGUAUGACCACUGGGUGGAAGGUUCUGGUGCGGCAGCUUAUCAAGGGAAAGGCAAGACGACAUCAGUGGUCAGGUCGGUGACUGACCACCCCAGAUAAAGCCCACUGCCAGGAGUGUGGGGGCAAGGGGACCCUAAAAGGCAGAAUAAAAGAUGUUCAAGUCA